AUGAACUACACCACCAAUAACUACAACACCACCAACUACACCACCAAUAACUACAACUACACCACCAACUACACCACCACCACCAACUACACCACCAACUACAUCACUACCACCAACUACACCAACACUACCACCACCACCAUUAACUACACCACCAACUACUCCACGACCAUCAACUACACCACCAAUAACACAACUACGCUACCACCACUAACUACACCAACUACACCACCAACGACACCACCACCACCAACUACACCACCAACUAUACCGCCAACUACACCACCAACUAAACCACCACCACCAACUACACCAUUAUCACUAACUACACUACCAUCAACAAUAACAUCUACACCACGAAGAACUACACCAACUACACCACCACUAACUACUACACCACUAAUAACACCACCAACUACUACACCACCAACUACACCAAGAACUACUACACCACCAGCACUAAAAACUAUACCACCAACUACACCACCACUAACUACACUACCAUCAACACCACCACCAUCAACACCACCACCAACUACACCACCAACUACAACACCACCAACUGCACCACCACUAACUACACUCCCAUCAACACCACCAACUACACCACAAACAACUACAUCAACUAUAACUACACCACCACCAACUACACCACAAACAAGAACACUACCACCACCACCACCAACUACACUACCAACAACUACACCACUACCAAUAACUAUAGCACCACCAACAACUACAUCACCACCAACUACUACACCAACAACUACACCACCACCACGAAAAACUACACCACCACUAACAACUACACCAACUACUACACCACCACUAUUAACACCAACUAGACCAUCACCAACAACUACUACACCACCAACUACACCACCACCAAUAACAACACCACCAACAACUAGACCACCACCAACUACAACUACACUACCACUCCCACCACCAACUACACCACCACCGACAACUACAUCACCACCAACUACACCACCAACAGCAACACAACCACCACCAACUACACCACCAACUACAACUACACCACCAACUACAACUAUGCAACACCAACUACAACACCAAAAGCACAGUGCUACUCCAUUCCUCCCAGAGGUCAUCGUAAGAAUCUCACUAACCCUGUCCGACCAUAUCAACCUCGUCAUUGCCAAAAUUGGAUCGACCACGAAGUUGGUGAUAGAAUCAGCCCCAGAGUUUCCAUUGGAGCCCAGUCAUCACUAUGUUGAUAAUUUAACCAUCAAUGCCUCUGGCACAUACAUGCCAAAGCUCUGCCAAUUUCUUCAUUCUGCAAUAUCAUCAGUAUCUUCCUCGGCUACAAACAAUGGCUUCUGUUUUUCUACCUUUCUCCAACCUUUUCUCUUGCACACAAUAAGCUCUCCGCCGUCUCCGGAUCUUACAAACUCUAUCCCAUAUAUCCUGGGGCUCAGCAUGAAGAGUGCCAUAAGCUCCUCUCCAGUUGAAAGCCAGUACACUGAACCAGGCAUACCAUAUCUCACGACACUGUACCCUUCUCUCAGAUAUACUUGA